AUGUAUAAACCGCGACCGCACCUACCAUUACGAAUCCGCGGCCGUCCGUUCCUCGCGCUCCUGGACACCGGCUCCGAGGCCUCGUUCGUCAGCCCCCAGACCGCCGCCAUAUUAGAAACCGACGGAUUCCCGACAAAACCGGCCACCGGUCGCGUCCACCUGGCCAACGGGUCAAAUACACGUAUCACGGGCUACAUGACCCUGCCAGUUGCGACGUCCGGCCCCGAGAUCUGGCACGACUUUCAAAUCAUGCCGGGCCUCGACGCCGAAAUCUUAGCCGGCGUCGACUUCUGGGCACGGCUGCGCCAGGCCAUUCCUCCGCCGCCGAUCAAGCGCGCCUACGCUGCCACACCGCGGCAGGUGGCGGAGACGUGCCACGGGGGUCUCACCCCAAGCGAGCAGCGACACCUCCGCGAAUUCCUAGACACGGAAUUACCGCUUUUCGAGAACGUGCGCGGACCCACCGACCGCAUCCAGCACGCCAUCCGCAUACAUGGUCACCCACCAAUCAAGCAGCGGUACCGACCGCGCAACCCGGCCAUGCAGGCCAUCAUCGACACCGAAGUAGAGGGGAUGCUCCGCGAGGGAGUGAUUGAGCCCUCUCGCAGCGCGUGGAGCUCCCCGAUCGUGAUCGUCAAGAAAAAGGACGGCAAACCUCGUUUCUGCGUGGAUUUCCGCCGCGUGAACGAAGUCACCGAACCAGAUGCCUACCCGCUGCCACAGAUUGCAGCCACACUCGACAAGCUCCGGGGGGCAAAGUACCUGACCACGUUAGACCUAAAGAGCGGGUACUGGCAGGUACCGCUCGACACCGCCAGCCGCCCGGUGACCGCGUUCACCGUUCCCGGAAAAGGCCUAUUCCAGUUUCGAGUGAUGCCGUUCGGCCUGCACUCCGCCCCCGCGACCUUCCAACGCCUGCUGGACGCGGUUCUGGGACCCGAACUCGAGCCGCACGUCUUCGUAUAUCUAGACGAUAUUAUCAUCGUCAACAGCGCGUUCGACGAACAUAUCCGGACGAUACAGGAAGUGUUCCGCCGUCUCCGCGAGGCGCGCCUCCGCCUGAACCCCGAUAAGUGCAAGUUCUGCGUCGACCAGCUCACGUACUUGGGGCAUGUGGUAGACCGCGAGGGGAUACGCACCGACCCCGACAAGACCAAGGCCAUCGCGGAAUGGGAACCCCCGAGGAACGUAAAACAAUGGGGCACGAAUCAGCAGGAAGCCUUUAACGACCUCAAGCGCACCCUGACCACCGCCCCGGUACUCGCCUGCCCCGACUUCUCCCGACAGUUUGUCCUACAGACCGACGCGAGCACAACGGGGCUGGGCGCCGUGCUGACGCAGAACUUUCCCGAGGGGGAGCGCGUCAUCGCAUACGCUAGCCGUACUUUAAAUUCCGCCGAACGGAACUAUAGCGCGACCGAACUGGAGUGUCUCGCGGUCGUUUGGGGAAUACGAAGAAUGCGCUGCUACUUGGAAGGGUACCGAUUCAAAGUCAUCACCGACCACCAAUCCUUGCGGUGGUUGAGUCACAUCGAUUCACCGACUGGGAGACUCGGACGCUGGGCAUUCGAGCUCCAGCAAUACAAUUUCGAAAUUCAAUACCGUAAGGGCACGCUGAACCGAGUGGCCGACGCGCUCUCUCGCCGACAUGCUACGCACGCUAUUACCCUACCAGACUGCGCGUGGUACCGUCGCACAUGGCGAGCCGUAAGAAACGCACCCCGCGAACAUCCCGACCUCCGGAUAGAGGGCAACCGCCUUCGCAAGCACCUACUCCACACGCUGGAUUUUAGAGACACCCCACCGGAAACCCAGUGGAAGGAAUGCGUACCCACGAAGGAACGCGGCGAACUACUGCGGCGGUACCACGACGAGCCGACCGCGGGACACCUGGGGGUCGCGAAAACGAUCGCGCGCAUCGCGGAGCACUAUUACUGGCCGGGUAUGUUCGGCGAAAUCUCGCGAUACGUCCGCCGCUGCCGCGAAUGCCUGGCGCAUAAGCCCGCUCAAACACGUCCCGCCGGCCUGUUACACCCUACGACGGUCACACGACCCUGGCAGCAGGUGACCAUCGACCUGAUUGGCCCGCUGCCCCGCACCACGCGAGGGAACACCUGGGUGCUGACGAUGCAGGACCGCUUCACCCGGUGGCUUGAGGUGCGCACACUUCGACGCGCUUCCGCGAGCAGCGUCGUUUCUAGCCUUUCCGAGGCCAUUAUCCUCCGCCACGGAUGCCCUGAGAAGAUCCUCUCCGACAACGGGACGCAGCUGCGGUCGUCACUAUUCGAGCAGUUACUCGUAAAGAGCGGCAUCCGCCACCGACUGGCCCCGGCGUACGCUCCUCACUGCAACCCCGUCGAACGCACGAACCGUAUCAUUAAGACGAUGAUGGCGCAAUACGUCCGUCGGAAUCACCGUGCUUGGGAUGAGCAUAUUGGGGAAUUCCAGUUCGCGUAUAACACCGCGCGACACGACGCCACGGGCUACUCACCCGCAUUUCUACUCUACGGACGCGAAUUACGGCGACCCACCGAGCCCGCCACCAAGGGGCGAACUCCGCGACACUCCCUGCAGCAACGCUUGCAGGAAGCGUACGAGCUCGUGCGAAUCAAGACCGCGCGCGCUUUCCAACAUCAGGAAAAAUAUUACAACCUACGCCGCCGCGACUGGCGACCGAAAAUAGGAGAGUGGGUGUGGAAGCGCGACCACCCCCUCUCCAAACGCGCGGACGCGUUUAAUGCCAAAUUAGCUUCUAAAUUCAUUGGACCCUUGGAGGUGCGUCGCAUCGUCUCCCCCGUUAUAGUUGAUCUGCGAGGAUCGAGUGGGAAAUGGUACCGGCACAUACAUACACAGGAUUUAAAGGUCGCCGACCCCCCGCAAGCAGCCGACACCGAAGAUGUAAACACAUCUGAGGAAUAA